AUGGCAGCGCGUAAUUUCGAAGAUCUCCUCCAGUGUGCUAUACCGGUAUUCGAUGGUCUUUUUCCCGCUACUCAAAACCAGAUAGUGCAGGACCUUCUUUUCACCCUGGCUCAUUGGCACGGCCUAUCAAAGCUCCGCAUGCAUUCAGAUUUGACGUUGGAUAUCUUUGAUGCAACUACUACUGAUAUCGGCAACCAGCUCCGUGACUUCAAGGUCAAGGUAUGCUCAGUCCACGAUGCCAAAGAGCUUGACAAGGAAGUGAAUGCACGUUCGCGCUGUCAAGCAAAAGAAGCAGUUCGUCGGACCCAGGCUGGCAAGAACAACAAAUCUGUUACCAAUGGCCUCCUUACUACUACGGCGGUAGAGGAACCAGUGGAUCACAACAAACUUCGUAGGACAGUUUCCUUCAACCUGCAGACUUACAAGAUCCACGCUCUCGGAGACUAUGUGUCUUGUAUUCGACGCUUCGGAACAACCGACUCUUACAGUACUGAACCGCAUCUGGACAGGGAGAAUUGGAACACCGCACUGGCAAGAGAUGAUAUCUUAGAACAGAUAGGAAAUCCUUCAUACGCCAGCUCACUCAAAUUGAGCGUCGCCAAACCCAAGAAGAUUCCGCUGGACCGCAGUACACCUGCGUGGCCGACGCAGUUGGGGCGGUACGCCCAAAAGGUAAGAAGGGUGCCACCUCUAGUUCCAGACUUUACAGUGCAGGGGCUGCAAUUCGACCUUCUUAAGAAUGAGGUUUAUGGGGAAUGGGAGGAGUUUGUUCAUCUGUCCGGAGCCACCUACUACUACAAUAGGACAAGGAAAGCAUACACUGGAUUCAAUGUAAGGGAUUGCUCUAGUGAUUGCCUUGACAAAUUUGAAGCUUGGGUCAAAGCAACGCGAGCCCAAGCACAUGAAGAUCUCUUAUUAGUUGCUGAGCCGGCGAGGACUCAGAAUGUGGAUGGGGAUGUCUACCUCUAUUAUCUGGUGGCACUGGAGGCACGCAUCAUCGGCUGGCUGGAAACUUUUGAUGGCACCCAUCUUUUCAGAGAAUGCGACUCUGCCCGCCAAUGGAAUCAUAAACAUAUGACUCGAACUGGAGGCCCAAUUUUGAGUUUUUCCCCCGAGACUUCAAGUUGGAUCGCAUCUUUCUACGACAAUUGCGAACUGAACUUGAUUGGUUUCACGCAGUUCCACCUCGGCGACUAUAUUUUCCAACAGGGAAACUAUGGAGAAACUCAUCAAUUGAUUAGCCAGUCUCGGUAUGUUCCCGCGUGUUGCUCUAUCUUAUCGCACCUUGAUGACCGGAUAUUAGAUGAUCUUUCAGAAUCUGAAGGAAUCAUAACAGAACCAGGUGUUGCAUUGCUUGGUAGACUAUAUCACAUGCUUCGCCAUCAUCAAUACCUGAACUACUUUGGCCAACCUGAAGCCCGCCUAUUACGAACCCAUUCAAUGGGCCCAGGGACUAGAACGCAGGGACCUUUUCCUUUCAUACUUACAGUUGCUAUGUUAUGCCUUCCAGUUUUGGUUCGCGAACACCUUAAGCAGAUUUAUGUAGACGGUCUGGUCAAUUAUCUUGACCUCAAAGACUUCAUCAAUGACUUCAACAUUCAGAACAAUGCGCAAAUCACCUUGGCAGGGGUCAUCAUGGUGAUCAAUGCCGGUUUCCUUGCUGUACAAGGUGUCGGUACUGGAUUGGUCGCAGAGUCUAUGUUGAAGGGAUCUAUCAUUUUUUGUGUGGGCUGCCUGUUUGCGGGCAUGUUUAAUGGUGGCGGGCCUGUACCAAAGGUCCUCAAUGUUGCGGCCAGAUGA